UGCGAAAGUUUUCGCCCUCCUUAACACGCAGUCGCGUAACUCACCGUUUUUUUAAUCAUCUUCUUUUUCACCUUUGUGCAUCGUCGCAGCGCACAUGGUUAUGGCACCGACUGCGUGUAUCCCUGCUGAGAUAUGCAUGACUAAACAUAGUCAAGACAAAUCCGACUUGGAUUAUAAUCAUAAUUUAAGUCAAAUCAGCAACAAUGGAGGGGACGACCUCUCGCAAUCCAGGUUGGCGGCCAAGGAUCUCGUCAUGGACGUUUUGAAGAAGCGCGCCGACGAGGUCAACACCGACCGUUGCGCCCCUGGAGACGAGGAUGCGUUCUAUGUGGCGGACAUGGGCGAGGUUUACCGACAGCAUCUACGCUGGAAAAUGAACUUGAGCCGCGUCAGGCCUUUCUAUGCGGUCAAGUGCAAUCCGGACCCGGAGGUUCUUCGCCUGAUGGCCAAGCUUGGCAACGGCUUCGACUGUGCAUCGAAGGCCGAGAUCGACAUGGCUCUUGACACGGGCAUUGACCCCAGCCGCAUCAUUUACGCGCAGCCCUGCAAGACCAAGUCUUACCUGCGUUACGCCGCUCAGAUGGGCGUGAAGCAGAUGACCUUCGACAAUGCCGACGAGCUGUACAAGAUCAAGGCCUGCUUCCCCGAUGCGGAGCUCUAUCUGCGCAUCCUGACCGAUGACUCCACCAGCUUGUGCCGCCUGAGCAUGAAGUUCGGUGCGUCUUUGGACGUCGCCCAGCAACUUCUGGAAUUGGCUCACCAGCUCGAGCUGAAGGUCGUUGGCGUUAGUUUCCACGUCGGCUCGGGCGCGGAAGACCCGACGGCUUUUAUCAAGGCGGUCCAGGAUGCCCGGAUGAUAUUUGACCAGGCUGCUGAAAUUGGUCACGAACUGCACACCUUGGAUGUCGGUGGCGGCUUCAGCGGGGACACUUUUGAAAAGUUUGCUGGUGUCCUGAGUGAGGCAUUGGACACGUAUUUCCCGCCUCAUAUCCGUAUCAUCGCGGAGCCUGGCCGCUACUACGUGGCGACCGCCUUCACCCUGGCUGCCAACGUGAUCGCCCGUCGCGACGUGCGAGACCCUGAGGACCCGGCCAACGAUGCAUACAUGAUCUAUCUGAACGAUGGGGUCUACGGAAACUUCUCCAAUAUCAUCUUUGACCACCAGCAUCCGGUGGCCCAGAUUCUGACUUGUGCGAAUGCCUCGAAUGCUGCGACUUCGGCUGGCAUCGCCUACUCGAUCUGGGGGCCCACCUGUGAUGGCAUCGACGUUAUCAGCCAACGGAUCACCUUGCCUGGUCUGUUGGAUGUCGGUGACUGGCUUUUCUUCGAGGAGAUGGGGGCGUAUACCAAGUGUAGCGCCACCCGUUUCAACGGCUUCUCCGACAAUCACGAGGUGAUUUACAUCUCGAGCGAAGCCGGUGCUUCUGCUCUCCUCGAGUACUAGUCCUUUCUAUGUUUUUGGCUCUGUACCUACAACAGUUUUGUUAUGGGUUGUUGAUGUGGAGGACAGUGCAGAGCUGUUUCUUGGAAACUUGUUAUGUUGUCCUUGUUUUGCAGUUUUGGUUUACAUUGUGUUUGACGAAGUAGAUUUCGUGAUUUGAAUUGAGU